UGACGCGAAGCAUUCGAUGUCUCCACAAGUUUUUGAUUUACCAGAAUCUCUAGACAAAUUGGACAAACCAAAAUCUCCUCUUGAUUCCGAAACAUCUCCCUUUAUACCCACAACUAGUGAAGAUUCUGAAGAUGAAUUUGAAUUAAAGAAACCAAAAGCUAUUGACGCGAAGCAUUCGAUGUAUCCACAAGAUUUUGAUUUACCACAAUCUGUAGACAAAUUGGACAAACCAAAAUCUCCUUCAGAUUCCAAAACAUCUCCCAUUAAAUCCAUAACUGUUGAAGAUUCUGAAGAUGAAUUUGAAUUAAAGAAACCAAAAGCUAUUGACUCGAAGUUUUCGAUGCCUUCACAAUUUUCUGACUUACCAGAAUCUAUGGACAAAUCGGACAAACCAAAAUCUCCUAUAGAUUCCAAAAUUUCUCACAUUAAACCCACAACUAGUGAAGAUUCUAAAGAUGAAUUCGAAUCAAAGAAAUCAAAAGCUAUUGACUUAAAGCCUUUGAUGCCUUCACUAUUUUCUGACUUAUCAGAAUCUCUAUACAAAGCGGACAAACCAAAAUCUCCUCUAGAUUCCAAAACAUCUACCAUUAAACCCACAACUGGUGAAGAUUCUGAAGAUGAAUUUGAAUUAAAGAAACCAAAAGCUAUUGACUCGAAGACUUCGAUGUCUUCACAAUUUUCUGACUUACCAGAAUCUAUAGACAAAUCGGACAAACCAAAAUCUCCUCUAGAUUCCAAAACUUCUCCAAUUAAACCCAUAGCUAGUGAAGAUUCUGAAGAUGAAUUCGAAUUAAAGAAGCCAAAUGCUAUUGACUCGAAGACUUCGAUGCCUUCACAAUUUUCUGACUUACCAGAAUCUAUAGACAAAUCGGACAAACCAAAAUCUCCUCUAGAUUCCAAAACAUCUCCCAUUAAACCCACAACUAGUGAAGAUUCUGAAGAUGAAUUCGAAUCAAAGAAACCAAAAGCUAUUGACUUGAAGACUUCGAUGCCUUCACAAUUUUCUGACUUACCUGAAUGUCUAGACAAAUUGGACAAACCAAAAUCUCCUCUAGAUUCCAAAACAUCUCCAAUUAAACCCAUAGCUA